AUGGCCCCGGGGCUCAGUGCUUCUCCAGCAGUUGUGCUUCUGCUCCUGUCCCUGCUGGGUCUGGCUGCUGCUGGGAAGCUCCUGGUGGUGCCGGUGGACGGGAGCCACUGGCUGAGCAUGCGGGAGGUGCUGGACAUGCUCCAGCAGAAGGGACAUGAGGUGGUCGUGGUGGCACCUGAAGUCUCCAUGCACCUCAAACAAUCAAAGAACUUUGUGAUGAAAAUGUACCCUGUUCCCUACACAAAGGAAGAGAUGGAGAAAGAUUUCAAAGCAUUUUUUCAUGGUUCGUUUGAAGAAGGUACUUUUUUUGGCAGAUUUUUUCACUUACUUGAAGGUAUGAAAAGACUCGGUAACUUUUGGGUCUCCAGCUGUGAACAGCUCUUGCAAAACAAAGAGCUCAUCAGGUACCUUGAGGAGAGCAAGUUUGAUGCCAUCCUUACAGACCCUUUCGUGCCCUGUGGGGUGAUCCUGGCUGAGCAUCUUUCCCUUCCUUCUGUCUAUUUCUUAAGAGGAAUCCCGUGUGGGUUGGAUUUUGAUGCCACUCAGUGUCCAAAUCCUCCUUCCUAUGUGCCCAAGGUGUUUACAGACCUUACAGACCGCAUGACCUUUCUCCAGCGAGUCAAGAAUCUGCUCUUUGACAUCCCAAAUAUUUUCCUCUGUGAUUUUGCCUUUGAACCCUACUCAAAACUGGCUUCAGAGUUCCUGCAGAGGGAGGUGACUGUGCAGGAUCUCUUACGGAAGGGCUCUGUUUGGCUCCUGAGGUUAGAUUUUGUGCUCGACUACCCAAGACCCUUGAUGCCCAACAUCAUUCCAAUUGGAGGAGUAAACUGUGCUCACAAGGAUCUGACUCAGGCAGCUGUUCCUUCUGGCUUUUAA